GGGGUGCAGUGUGUCUUCCCGGCCGCUGGAGGGGGUGCAGUGCGUCCUCCGGGCUGCUGGAGGGGGUGCAGUGCGUCCUCCGGGCUGCUGGAGGGGGUGCAGUGUGUCUUCCCGGCCGCUGGAGGGGGUGCAGUGCGUCCUCCGGGCCGCUGGAGGGGAUGCAGUGCGUCCUCCGGGCCGCUGGAGGGGGUGCAGUGUGUCUUCCCGGCCGCUGGAGGGGGUGCAGUGCGUCCUCCAGGCCGCUGGAGGGGGUGCAGUGUGUCUUCCCGGCCGCUGGAGGGGGUGCAGUGUGUCCUCCCGGCCGCUGGUAGCGCGCUGUUGGGAGUCGGAGCCCCCGGAAGAGGUCGGCCCGGCGCCAUUUUGUUGUUACCUCCCGGGGAAGGCCGGGGCUUUGGGGAGAGUCCGCGGUCUCGAGUGGAUUCUUGUCCCUGGCGGGAGGUGACGGAGCUGGAUGUGAUGGAGCAGGAGGGCCGGCUUGCGGCGAUGCGCUUUGCCGCGCUGUUGAACAAUCUCUCUCAGAGCCUGAGCCGGGACAAUGUGGAUUCGCUCAAGUUCCUUUGCCGGGAGAUGAUCGGAAAGAGGCGGCUCGAGGCGAUCGCCAGCGGCCUGCAGCUCUUCCAGCAGCUCGAGGAGCUCAACCUGCUGGGCCCCGACAACACAGACACCCUGAGCGGCCUCCUCUCGGCAAUACAGCGCCAUGACCUGCAGCAGCAGCUGGACGCCUUCCAGCAGCGGGGCCAGGAGCCGCAGGCAGACUCUGGUAACAGCAGCAAUGGGCACGGGGAGGUCAGAGGGCAGAGGUCAGCAGCUGGGCACGCGCAACACCCCUGAC